UUAGAUUAUUGGGAAGUAAGUCUUUGAACCGAAUUGCCAAACCUGCCAGAAACCUUAAUCCCUUCUCUUGUCUCCUCUCUUCUUGAACCCUCAUAUUUCCUGGAAAGCUCCAGGUUCACUGCUAUGAAUUCGGAACCGGUGAAAUCAGACUUGGUUCUUAUUCUGGAUUAUGGUUCUCAGUACACUCAUUUGAUUGCUCGUAGAAUUCGGUCUUUAAACAUAUUCUCUCUGUGUAUUUCAGGGACAUCUCCACUUGAUGAUAUAACUUCUCACAACCCAAAAGUUGUAAUCCUCUCAGGAGGACCCCACUCUGUUUAUUCUGCUAAUGCACCCACUUUUCCAUCUGGGUUCGUUGAGUGGGCGGAGUCUAAUGGGUGUUUCGUGCUUGGAAUUUGCUAUGGGUUGCAGCUGAUAGUUCAGAGACUGGGUGGAGAAGUGAGGGCUGGAGAAAAGCAGGAGUAUGGGAAAAUGGAAAUUGAGAUUGGGAUGAAUUUGGAUCUUUUUGGAAAUAAAAAUGUUGGGGAUAGGCAGGUCGUUUGGAUGAGCCAUGGAGAUGAGGUUGCAUGGUUGCCUGAUGAAUUUGAAGUAGUCGCCAGGAGCCAACAAGGUGCAGUUGCUGCCAUGGAAAAUCGUAAAAAGAGGUUUUAUGGGUUACAAUACCACCCUGAGGUGACUCAUUCACCAGAGGGAAUGGAAACACUACGCCAUUUCCUUUUUGAUGUUUGUGGAAUUUGUGCAAGUUGGAGCACGGAAAAUGUGGUGGAUGAAGAAUUAAGUUUGGUUAAAGGCACAGUAGGUCAUGAAGAUCACGUCAUAUGUGCAUUGUCAGGGGGUGUGGAUUCCACGGUUGCUGCAACCCUUGUGCACAAGGCAAUUGGGGACAGACUCCAUUGUGUUUUUGUUGAUAAUGGCUUGUUAAGGUACAGGGAGAGAGAACGAGUGAUGGAAGCUUUUGAAAGGGAUUUGCAUCUGCCUGUUACUUGUGUGGAUGCUUCAGAAAAAUUUCUUAGUAAGCUGAAAGGGGUGGUAGAUCCUGAGAUGAAAAGGAAGAUAAUUGGAAAUUUGUUCAUUACUAUUUUUGAUGCUUUUGCCCAUGAUUUGGAGCAAAAAUUGGGAAAGAAACCUGCUUUUCUUGUCCAAGGAACUUUAUAUCCUGACGUGAUUGAAUCUUGCCCACCUCCUGGUUCUGGAAGAACGCACUCACACACUAUCAAAAGCCAUCAUUGUGUUGGUGGCCUCCCAAAGGACAUGAAAUUGAAGCUCAUUGAACCACUUAAACUCCUUUUUAAGGAUGAGGUUCGUCAACUAGGAAGAAUGAUGAAUGUUCCUGAGGGAUUUUUGAAGCGCCACCCGUUCCCCGGGCCUGGCCUUGCAAUACGAGUCUUGGGUGAUGUAACUGAAGGAAAUGCUUUAGAUAUCCUCCGUCAGGUUGAUGAAAUAUUUAUCCAAGCCAUCAAGGAUGCUGGGCUUUAUGACACAAUUUGGCAAGCUUUCGCAGUGUUUCUGCCUGUAAGAUCAGUUGGAGUUCAAGGUGAUCAAAGAACUCAUUCUCAUGUAGUUGCUCUAAGAGCUGUUACAAGUCAAGAUGGAAUGACUGCAGAUUGGUACUACUUUGAACACAAGUUCCUUGCUGAUGUUGCAAGGAAAAUUUGUAACAGAGUGAGGGGCGUAAACAGGGUUGUUCAGGACAUAACAUCAAAGCCUCCAUCAACAAUUGAGUGGGAAUGAUGAUAGCAGAAAAGAAACCCAGUAGAAAGAAAGAAACCCAGUAUAACUCCCAUGUUUACAUCUACUCAUUUCUUGCUCAGCAGAAAAGGAAAGUUGAAUUUAUCCUAUAAGAAUUUAUUGAUGAUGAAAGUUUUCAAUAUAUACAUACAUUCUGGAG